AUGAACAUUAGAAGAGAUAGAACACAUCAAUGUGGUCUCACUAAUCUUGAUUAUAGAACCAAGGGAGAGAUUGAAAGUGUAGACAGAUACAAUCCAACUCUUAAAUUUGCUGAUUUCGGCACCAUGGGUAAAUCUCAGUUUAAGAGAAUGACAUCUGCAGCUGCUACAGACUUCAAAGACAGAAUCAAGUUAACUGGAGGUUGGAAAACAAUGACUAAUCUAAAGCCAGAUCCCAAAGCUGAGAGCACUCAGGAGUUUUAUAAAUCUAAAGGAAAGAAAGUAAAGGGGCCAGUGCAAAUUGGAAUCAUUAAAGAAACUGAAUUAGAGGAGUAAAAGUGGACAGAUAAGGUUUUCACAGGAGAUAAUCCCAAGUUAACUGCCUUCUUAAGUGGUUAGGCUAGAGAAAGGGAAUCAAUAUUUAAUGCAGAUCAUAAAAAACGAAGAUUACAGUAGUCUGAUGAAAUAAAGCCCUCAUCUUAAAACAACCAAAAAAGAAAAGAGGACUUGCACGCAGAGGCUGAAUAGGAAACUCAACUUGUGAGAAUGAAUAAUAAUGAGACACUUGAAGGUAAAGUGGACUUAGCUAAGGUGAAGGACAUUAGAAGAGCUUUGCGUCGCCGUUACGCAACAAGAUCAAAUUUCUAAAAGAUAUUCUCACAGUGGGACACGGAGGGCAAGGGUUCUCUAGACGUUAAAGACGUCCAUAAAAUGAUGAAUAAAAUGGGUUUGAAAGUCAACUUAGAUGAGGCUCAGGUUUUACUCAUAAGUGCUGACCAAGACAACAACAACUAACUAAGCAUGAAUGAAUUCAUGGAUUUAAUCUUCUCAUAAAAUGAUGCUUUGAAUGUUGAUCUCUCCAAGCUAGAAAGCGUGUAGCACACAGAGGACCUAUUUUAGAAGUACUUUUCCAACACUUAAAGUCUAAUACUUGACGAUAUUCGAAAGGAUGCUGAGUCGAUCAAAUAAAACUAGAUAGAUAUCAAGGAUCUAAUGAAAGUUAUUGAAAAGAGAGCUAUAAUUCCAGAAUAUCUUAAGCAAAGUCAAGACUAGCUCUAGAAGUUCGUUGAUGAAUACGUUGAUAGUGAAUCUGGCAAAGUAAACUACAGAGAUAUGAUUGAUCAUUUGAGAACUUAUGAUUAUGAUAGAGCUACCAAUGAGAAAUAAGGCGUACCAACUUAGAGCAGCAGGAGCAGUGCUUAAUCAGAUAUUCUAAAUCAAGUAGGCAGAAAAACCAAGACAAUAUUCGAUGAUGAGUAUGUAAUUCUAGAUUCUCAAAAAGUUCCCUAGAACACUCUAGAGUAAAUUCAAUAACGCCUUGUGAAGGUAAAUCGUCAUUUCCAAAGAGUGUUUGGGAGUCAGGCCUAAUUGGACUAAUUCGUCAAAGAUAAUUUGAAACCAGACAAAAAUGGCAAUGUAUCUGUCGACCAAUUAAAGAACUUCGUCCUUGCCCACUGUAAAGAUGAAAUGAUUAGCAAGAAACUAAACAAAAAGGAUGUUGAGGGAUUCCUCUCGGCAUUUAUAUAUAAUGCCUAUGGUGCCACUAAUGCUAAUACCAUCGCAUCUAUGGUAUUUACUGAUGAAAACUAUGUAGCAAAGAAAUUGAACAACAGAACUAGAGGUAAUCCACCUCCGCCAGAUGUUAAUGGUGACUUAGAUCUUUAUGAAGUUAAUGAAGAUGAGAUUCACAAUCAUAGAGUCCAUUAAGUCUUGAAAAACCUUGAAGAGAAGGUGUUCUCAGGUCCAGUUAAGAUCUAUCAAGUAUUCAGAUAAUUUGAUAAGGAUGGUGAUGGCUUCGUUUCCUAUGCUGACUUUGAAGAUUAACUUAAUGCACUCUAGAUUAGCGCUUCAAAGCAUGAAAUAGCUGGAAUCUUAAAGCAUUUGGACAAGGAUAAUAAGGGUUACCUCGAUUUCAGAUCAUUUUCGACUGGAGUUACUCCAAAUAUGAGCAACUAAAUCAAUGUAUAGAGAAAUGAGCUACACUUACCAAACCUAGUACCAAACAAAGCCAAAGUGUAAGAUCUAACUCAAAAGACAAAUUAACUUCAAAAUGCAGUCAAUGAAGUCAGACGAUCUUUCUAGCCUGAUCUUGAGCCUAGACUUGUAGCACCAACUAGAUUCAGUUCAAAGCCACCUCCUCCAAACACUUUCUUGAACUUCCAGCCAGGACCUAAGACUCCGGGCUUUAUCUCUGAAAGAGAUCGUUUGAUUCCUAAGAGAGUUGAUAUAAAUACCUCAGUAGGCUUCUAAUAAGAAGAUAAGUAAAAGAAGCAGUCUUUAAUGUUCUCUAAGGCAGAAUCCAAGCAAUAAGAUCUAUAAAAAGGCAGCUAAUUUGAAACUUAUUGA